GGGAUUUGAUAAAAAAUAACGGGGCACACAAAGAGUUUAGGGGCGUUGGUGGUUUUGCUCUGAAUUUCGUCAAGGAAGUCAAAAGUAGACUAUUUGAAAGAUUAUCGAAAAUUUCUGAGAUCUUAAUAACAUCCAACAGUUAUGGCAGGUAAAACAAAUAUCAUUGCAUUGCAUGAUGAAGAGGCCGUGCCUGGUGCAGAGGGUCCCCUUGUCGCAGUGACUUUUCAGAGAACUCCUCACAAAAAACAGAAGUACCUGGAGUCUGAACCCAAAGCAUUGGGGGUGACUCAGAUUGCCCUCAGUGUGUUCUAUAUCAGUUCUGUCAUUGUCAUGUUCGACAACAGCAUGAGCAUGGUGGUUGAAGAUUUAACACAUGUUAUUGGAUCAGUGUUUGUGAUCAUAGCUGGUAGUUUGGCCAUAGCUGCACAGAAUCUCCAUCUUCCCACUCUGAAGGCCUGUCUGGGGAUGCAGGUGGUGGCCUGUGUAGCGUCAGUGAUCAACUUGAUCUUCUCUGUGUCAGACAUGGCUGGACACAGACAUGGUUAUGGCUGCUGGAUAUACGUUGAAGUCAACAGCACCGAUCACAAUGAUUCUUGCUAUUCAAUCACUGCUUCUACUGGACAUUACCUUGCUGAGUUGGUCCUGAUAAAUACUGCUCUCAUCGCUAUCUCUGUCACGCUCGCUGCCUACUGCUGCAAGGUGGUCAAUUGCUGCUCUCCAGGACAACGAAUGCCGGUGAUCACAGUCCAAGUUCCUCCUGCUCAAUAAUGAGGAGAGAUCCAGUUUGAGGACCAAUCAAGACAAGAGAUCCAACCCUCUCACUAACCAGCAAAAACAUGUGUUAUUCUUCCAUUAACUAAAAUAUUGUAGGCCUAUAUAUCUAUACAUACACUGAGUGCAUAAAAUAUUAAGAACACUGUGCUCCCCACAGCUGAGUCAAGUUGGCUUGAUGUCCGUUGGAUGGUGGACCCUUCUUGAUAUACACAGGAAACUGUUUAGCGUGAAAAACCCAGCAGCGCUGCAGUUCUUGACACAAACCGGUGCACAUGGCAUCUACUACCAUACCCCGUUCAAAGGCACUUCAAUCUUUUGUUUUUCCCAUUCACCCUCUUAAUGGUACACAUACACAAUCCAUGUCUCAAUUGUCUCAAGGCUUAAAAAUGAUUAUUGAACCCGUCUCCUCCCCUUCAUCUACACUGACUGAAGGGGAUUUAACAAGUGUCACCAAUAAGGGAUCAUAACUUUCACUUGGACUGAUCUGAUCAGAUCAUGUCAAGGAACGAACAGGUGUUCAUAAUGUUUUGUAUAAGUCACCUGAUGGAACUCUUUUUGUAAUUAAAAACUUUGAUACGAUGUACCCUA